UUUGUGUCUGUGUUUGUGUCUGUGGUUGUGGGCGUAUUUGUCGUCUUGCAGCUGUUUGGACGUCUCCGAUCAACUCGCCUUGUCCUGUCGUGUCUCGCUCAUGUCUCUCUUCCCCUCCAUCAUUUGUGAAAUGAUGCACAAUUCUCAGGGUUCUACUGGACCCUCUGGACACACCUGACAAUAGUGAUUGAGACUGUGGCACCGGCAUAUUUGUUGCCCUGAUCCCUACGUCAACUCCACUACCACUCUGCUAACUUCUGUGCGCCAUUCCCUCUGCCACGCUGUGGGCGUCGUCGUCGUCGAGCCAUUUUCCAUGCUGGUGCUGGGAGCCGGUGUUGAGUCCUGGUAUGAUUGGUACGACAGUAUCCCAUGCCUUAUACUGUUUGUGCAUGCCAUCCUGGCACUCUUGUAACAUAAACUGUGCCUUUCAAUCAACUCGACUCACUCUUGUCUCGUACUCGUAGCUCUGUUUGUGGAUGGCUCGGGUGCCCUUAAACUAGUCAAACUUCCCCUCCGCACAGUUGUGUUAGUUAGGCCUCCUCGACCCAUCACCAAUUGCCGUCAUCUUCUCCAUUGCUACUGUCGCUGUCAUCUGUCAUCGUCGUCGUUGUUAAUGAUAAUAUACUCCAAUCUGCUGCUCGUCGCCAGUGACUGUAGGCCUGACAGCUCACUCGCAGCUCCUGCUGGUAUGCGCCCUCCCCCAGCUGAUGCAUAACGACGCACAUCUCCAUGAAUAAUAUCGGCUUCCCUGUAUUGCUUCUUCUCGAGAGACUAUGGAUUGCGACGGACCACACUAUCCCGACAAAACGAGCAACCUUCACGCCCACCGACUCGACCACACUCCCAGCAAGCUUCCCACCUUCAGGUUUGCCGAUUUACAACGCUCACACACGUUACCCGACUCCUCCCUGACUGCUGCUGCUGCUGCUACUCCGCACUCCCACAACAACCGAUCCGUCUGCGACACAGCUGUACAGCGCAUCACAACAAAGUCGCAGACCACAUCGCCGCGCGAAGAAGAACGCGAACUAGCUAAUUCUACCGAACCUCGCACCACCAGCUACCGGCCCAACAGCUCCUCCAAGGUCCAGGAACCGAGAAGAGGCCGAAGGGCGCCCGCGUCGCAUAGCAGCAAUGGUAUCGAGACGCACACCGGCCCACCACCUGCUCUGAGUACACAACACUCGUUCUCUCCCGAAGCGCCUGUCCGGCCUCCGAACACAUCAACGACACAGUGGGCGUUGGCCCAGCAGAAACUCACGCUAGGAAACCUGCAGUCCGCCCUGCCGGCUGCGGGCCCAGAGCUCACAAAGGAUAAUAGAACGCCACAAAGGAAGAAGACUGUGAGCUUGCCGACGACACAAACCCGACCGCGGAUACCGCCUAUUCGAUCGCUCAGAUCGUCUGCGACUUGCACAUCGUUCGGGAUGGAUAGCAGGCGUUGCUACCAGUAUGACGGUGCGGAGGACCGCGAGGACCGCGACCAGAAUUUAAGGGCUUUAGAGGGCUACGAGGACAAUAGCAGGAGAGAUACAUAUUCGAGGGAGCAAGAGUAUCGCGAUCAGACUCGCAACAAUGACGGGACAGAGGAUCUGUUUCUCGACCUUGCGUUGGACGACUUAUCCCAUGGCUACCCGCAAGACAAGCCCACCACCACAACAAAUAGGCACACUUCCCGUAUCGCGCUCCCCAAUAAUCGCUCGUCGCUACCACCACUCACGAAUUCAUAUCCGAAUCCGAUGCCUCGUCGCGGCUCCGAAUUGCAGAGCGUGUCGACUUCCUACUCCUCAAGAGGAAACGAGGGCACGCCGCCGAGUCAACGAACCGAUCGCCAAGGUUAUAAUGCUUACUCACACGGCCGCGCUGCUUCGAGUCCAGCGAGUCCGUUAGACCUUAAUAAGUCGCGAUACCCGCCGUCGGCGACAAGAACAACGCCUGUAACUCCCAGGGUUUUCAACACUCGAGAGCCCACAUAUGACACGCAGUCUUCUGCUUCUGGAAGGAGGCCGUCUAUACCCGAGUCCAUCGGAGGCUCGCAGGUACGAGGGCACACCUAUCGCCAAUCAAACCUGUCAUCCUUCUCUACCCCACGAAUCUACAACUCUUCCCCGCUUGUAGGAAGAAUGGCGGAGCCGGAAAUCACUCCGGAGCCGGCCGCGGUUGCAGGGAGUACUGAUGAUGGCACGGUAUCCACUACAGCUCCAUCCACUGUCUGGGACGAACUCGACGACCUGAAGUCGAGGAUACGGAAACUGGAAUUGACUGGUAAGCCGCCAGCGACUUCAGGUGCUGCUGUCUCGCGCGCAACUGGCGAGAGACCCCCGACUGCCACUACCACAGCUACUACGAUAUCGACGUCUCCCAAGAGAGGGCGGGGAGCUAGCACAUCCAUAGUGGAUAAUAGCGGCGAUGCCGUUCACGCUGGAGAGGCUCAUCCUUUAUUACAUGCAGCUCUCGCAAAGUCGAAGACAGUUUUGACCCCGGACUUAUACAAGGCACUGGAGAACGCCGCAUCAGAUGCCCUUGGUGUGGCCUCGAUGGUCGGCAGUGUCGGCCAGCCGAUUUCCAGCGGCCACUCUGUGAUUGGGCCUAAUGGGGGAAGCAUCGCGGAUCGACAGCUUCGAAGGAAAGCGGAGAGCAUGUGUAGAAGCUUGACGGAGCUGUGUAUUGCGUUGUCUGAUACCACGUCCCAACUUGGAGUGGCUGCUCCAGCCAGGCCAAUGAGUAGAGGCAAGGAGCUCCAGGCUCAGGUGGCAGAAUCAGAGCCGUCUCCCCGCCAGAUCAUUGCAUCAAACGAUGCAUUGAUUAGAGCAAAGCAAAGCCCCAGUCGUGCACUCAGCAGAAUGGAGGCAAGACGAAGCAGUUUACUCGCGACCAGCGCUCUCCCAAGCCCGCGCUUUACUGUGCCAGACAACGCCAUUCCCAGCCCUCGCUUCAACCCCCCCGAGACCACAACACCCACCCAAUCCUCCCUAGCCGGCCGCCGCACCUCCAUCAUGAUCCGCCGCCAGCGCGCCGGGACCGAGGAGCGCGAGACCGACGACGGCGGCGACGUCCAGUUCAGGGCGCCGUCACGGGCAGCGACGGAGAUUGGGUUUACGAGGAACUCGCCUAUGGAAUACACGAGUCAGCAGCCGCUGCCGGAACGGGCGCCUUCGACGGUGUCGAAUUUGCCGGCGAGGAGACAGUAUUUCAGUAAUCUGUCGCCGUCGAGUACGAUUCCGACGCUGUCGUCGGCGAGGAGGUAUCUUGAUCGCCCGACGCCGGAGAGGGAUACGAGUAGUGUUUCUGGUAUGCUUGCCGAGGAGAGGGGACAGAGAUUGCCUGUGAGCGUUACGCAGAGUAUGGAUGCGGGGAUUAAUAGGAUGAGGAGCCUGGCUAAUCCGGGGGGGAGGGUGAGGGCGAGGAGUAGUGUUGUUGGCGGCGCGGUGGCGCAGACACCUUGAUAUUUUUUGUUUUGUUUUAGUUGCGGAUGAGCGAAGGGGGGGAUGUAUAAACCAUUGUUGUUACAUAGCAUAG